UGGAGCCAUUUUCAGAGCUUGGAGCUGUUUUAAGGACUUUUAAAUCUUUCGCAUCUGCCCCUCCCCACGUACCAUAUCUUCUGGUGACCGAACACACGGCGAUCGGGCUCUGUCUCCUCCCGGGAUCAGGGGGUAUUUUAUUCUUUUUCAGGGUGGGCGAGCGAGUAGGAUUUAAAAAAUAAUUUAUUGAGAGAGCGAAAGGUCUGAACGGACAAACCGUUCCAAAGUCGCAAAAUAUGCGGAAAGGAAUCCAAGCAGCUCCGGGGAGAACCUCGGCUGGAGUUGGGGGUUCACCGGCGGCAAGCGGGGUCUUUGCCGUUCUCUCCGGGCACAGCAGCCUGCAGGAGCGGGCGGCGGGGAAUAGCAUCGGUGCCGGCGGCCUUGGGGUCCGGGUCUUGCCGCAAGCGGCAGCCGAUGGCUACUCCAGUCCUCGCGGUUCGGCGAGCAGAACGGGAUUGGCACCGUCUACUCCGGGAAGGACUCCGGCAAAGAGGAGACUGGAGUUGGAAGAAAGUGAUCACCAGUAUCUGGCUACUGAUGUUUGUGCUCCAAAAGGAAAAGGAAGGGUUGCAAUGAGAAGCUCAAAUAGUCCAAAAACUCCCAGGUCUCCAUCAGAGAAAACACGCUACAACACUUCACUGGUUCCACUCACAAAGAAUGUUGUUCAGCUCUUGAGCCAGUCUUCUGAUGGAGUGUUGGACUUAAACCGAGCGGCAGAGGUCUUAAAUGUGCCAAAGCGAAGGAUUUAUGACAUCACAAAUGUGUUGGAGGGUAUUCAUCUCAUUGAGAAGAAAUCCAAAAAUAAUGUUCAAUGGAUGGGCUGCAGCCUGAUAGACAAUGAUGGUAUGCUGAAGCGAUGCCAGGGUCUGAACCGGGAGGUAGCUGAGCUUAAACUGAAAGAGAAGAGGCUGGAUGACUUGAUCCAGAGCUGUGCAAUGGACCUCAAAAAGCUAACAGAAGACUCCGAAAACCAAAGAUUAAAUUAUGUGACUUAUCAGGACAUCCGAAAGAUUCAGAGUUUCAAAGGCCAGGUGGUAAUAGCUGUGAAAGCUCCUCCUGAAACCAGGCUGGAAGUAUCUGAUCCCUAUGAUAAUUUCCAGAUACACUUGCUAAGUUCUAAAGGCCCUAUUGAGGUUUAUUUGUGUCCGGAUGACGCUGGAGCAUCUAAUAGCCCAUUAAAGGCUGCCAGUCAGGAACAUUGUAGGAGUAUUUCCCAGUCACAUGUCCGUGAUUUUGAUAUAUCAAACAGUAGUCAGCAUGGUGACAGUUCUGGUUUACACUUUUCACCUUUGACCUCAUUGAACAAUAUUCUGCAGCAAACUGAAGAUCAGAUUUCAUGGCCAAUGGAAGAAGGACUGUUUGUAAAUCUGUCUCCAUCUGCACAGCAAGAGUACAUAUUAAGCAUUGGUGAUAAAGCAGGAAUCAGUGAUCUGUUUGACUGUAAUGCUGAUGGGCUUUUCCCACUGGAAGAUUUUUAUAUGACCAAUUAAGUAUUUUCUAUUUUGAAGUAUUGAAUAGCUGCUGCUCAUGAUGGACCUAGAAGCAGAAUGUAAGUUUUUGGUUGCUGCUGAGUGAUAAAAUGAAAAAUGUACCAGUUACAGGAAUAGUAAUAGCUUUUUUGCCAGUAAAACCACAGCCAUUUGUAUUGACUUUAAUCUCUGUCGGUGACCAGCAACUGAGGUAUUCUCUGCUGGUAUUUUAAAUAAAUUAUGUAUUAUCAUGAAAUGAAAUGUCACUAUUGAUUACCAUACCCAUCUAAUAAUGGAUUUCUUAUGUUGGCUUUCUGCAUGUCUGACAGAAAAAUUUGUGUUCAAAUUAUUUCAACACCUUGCAACCUUUUAUGACAAGUCUUCCAAGGUGAACUUAUCAGCUGUGGAAGUGUUUUUGACGGUCUGAGAUGUGUGAUUGUAUUGCAUUUGGCCUUUCCUGAAAGAAUAGGCUGUUGCUAUAUUGACAGUCAUUUGUGUUGUACUGCGGUUAAGUUAAAUGUGGCAAUUUCAGUACAUAUUGAUUGGUUUGGUUAUCUUUGAGACAAUACGGUGUGGGGGUCUGGGUGGUGCAGAUAAAAGUUCAAAAAGAACUGUAGAUAUAAUUUCUUUGCAAUAAAGACUGAAUUUUGUUUUUUUUUUUGAAAAAGUCUUGGCAGCAGCUGCCAAGUUAGAGUACAGCUGGGUUUUUCCAUGCAAUUUCCUUCCAUUGCAUGUUAUGAAUAGAAUGAGAUCCAAGGUUAAUUCUAGCUGCUGUUUCCUAAUUUUGGAUAGUGCUCCUUGGCUUACUGCUGAUGUUUGGCUUGUGGGGGAUAUACUUAAUAUUCUGUUAUUGCAUUUCAGACUGAGAGGGGUGUGAAUUUAAAACACCAUCUUGAUGCAAAGGUUUAUUUUGCACACUUUUUUUAUUUCAUAAUACUUUGCACACUUGGAUUAAUUUGGACUAGAUAUGUGCAAAAUAUGUACUAAAUGUCAGCACAACAUUGUCUGUUAUGUGAAGUUGUGUAAUUAGCACUAGCUUUUGCCGAACAUGAGCGUGCAGCCCCAUUUCCUGAAAUGUCUUUGGCACAGUUGUUCCAAGUAAUAGUAAUCAGGAAUGCUGCAUCUUAGUUCUAUAAUUUUUAUUAAAGAUCAGAACAUCUAAAGUAAUGGGACAUGUAGAUGACGAGUGGUGAUAGUGAAUGGAGGAAUACCCACAGUAACUUGUUGAGUCUACUGUCUGAUGUAGAAAUGUGCCGUGAAGACCAGUUAUGUGCUUUAGUUGAAGUCACUAGGGCAGCAACCUCCUUGCCUAGGGAAGAGAUAAUUUGAUUAUAACUCUCCCUACUGACAACCAGCCAAUAGCUAGUGAUAUAAAUAUCUUGAUACAAGUGCAGGAUUGAAAUCCAUUUUGGUGCCUCUGAUCAAACAGAUACACGUGAGUUCAACAAUUGUUUUGUAGUAGUAAGUUGAGAUACCAAGCCUGACUGAUAUCACUGCAACAGUUAGCCUUAGUAUAAAUGAAUGCUGUGAGGUAAGGAGAGUUUAAAGUCAAACUGACCAUCUGAUAGUUUUUGCGAAGCUUCAUGUUGAGAAAUUCUGCUACUCCUUUUGUCAAUCAGUGUAUAGUAGAGGUUUAUGUAAUGUAAAGGUAAUCUUUGAGAUCUUAAUUGCAUCUACUGUGCUGCAGGAGUCCCUUGUUACUCGUUUGGGAGUUGUUGCUUCUGAUCACUAUUCAAUAUUACCUGAAAUUAAACUCUUAAUUUGACCCCUAACUUUGUGGAAGGUGACUUCAAGUAGUUUGGUUUCCAGUUUUCAGAAGUUUAAUUUUUUUAAGUUUAUAGCAAGCUUUAGAACUGGUUGCAUGGUGCCAAUGUAAUAGUUGUUCAGGGAACAUGCUUCACUUAAGUUUGUUCCAUAUGACCUUUGUGUACUAUCUCAAUGAACUUGCAUUUUCUUUCAAAUUUCUCGCAUGGCUAGAUGUUUAAAAUAUUGAUCAACUUGAGGAUGGAUUAUCCAAAAAUGGUUAAGAAUAAAAAUAUAAAUACAACCAAAGUUAAUUUAAUUUCUUCAUGGUUGUUAAAGUAUGAUACACUCAAGUUGCGAUUGACUCUAAAGCUACAGAUUAAUAGAAUGAUUGAAAGAUGGUGUGACAUUGCUAUGACUAUGCAGAAUCAAAGCGUUCAUGAGUGCUUUGAGCAUUUGUCAAAUUAAUGAUACAGAUUCUUACAGAUUAAAGUACCCUGUUUAUGUACGUCAAUAACUGAACUGAAUGGACAGUGAAUAUAUGGACUAUCUUUGAAGACUAUUGGAUUUCAUACAUCAAUUAUCAGGUCCUCCUUCUCUCCCCAAACCCCCCAAAAAAACUAUUUUAAAUGGAAUUAUUUUCUAUUCACCUCACACCAUGUUAAUUCAGGCAUACUUCUGUCAUCCAGUUGAAGAGCACAACUUGUUUUUAAUGAAUAGUAUACAUGCGAUUGUAAUCUUCUAAUUAUUUGAAUUGUUCCCAUGUCAGCAAACUCAGCCCCUGACCAGUCAGCCUCAUUGAUCAUUUUGGCUGAGAUUUCAGACCACACUUGCUGGAUAAUUGUCAGAACUUCAGUCGUGAAGCAACUUUCUGGUUACCCCACUACUAUUUUUCCUUUACAGAAGCAUUUAGUUGUUUGUAAGCUUGAUGCAGCAGCUGUGAGCACUCUUAUCUGAGGCCUUUUGAAUCUGGCUAGUACAAAUGAAAUCUGCUGUGUCAUUCUGCCACAUUGACCAACAUUGCUGGAGUCCUGCACGUUUGGUACAUCAUUGUUGUCAUUGUAUCUUUGUUAAAUGCAGGUACCAGUUUUGGCUUACCUUCUCUUUAGGUUGUAAACAAGAGACCUAUUUACACCUCUACUUCAAUGAUCACUAAACUUUGUUUUUUUUUAAAAAGUGUAUUGUUCUAAUAUCAUAUUGUUAUAAAAUGCCUCCUUUUUUAAAUAGACGUGUCCAGACUUUGUAUUGUUGGCUUAUUUUUCAGUUGGUUGCUGCUCUUGAAGUUGUUUAUUUACCAGCUGUAAAAAUAUGUACUGAAAGAUAAAAGUCUGUGCCAGGACUGUGCAAAGGAAAUGGCAAAUGCACAUGGUACUGUUGAGCACUUUGGCUCAUGACGAUAAAUUAUGAAAAAAAAUUAUCUAUUACCUAUUUAAAGAGACUUUGCGAUCUUUGGCUGUGUUCAUUAUUCUGUAUUUUUUUUCUACAACAUGGUUACGCACCAAUGCAUUUUCUUGGCUUUCCCAAACUUAAAUGGACACUGCCAUGAAAUUUUGUAAAGACUUGUAAAAGUUUUGUCACCUGCAUUUGUAACUAGUUUUUUAAAUGAAAUACUAUUUAACCCUAGAGCUGGAUGCCUAUUCAAAAAAAUGUACAUAGUGUAUAUGAAAGAUAUGUGCAAAGCACAAAGCCUGCUAAGUGCCAGCAUAAUUCUAAAUUGUGAUGGUACUUUAGAAAUGUUAAAAUUUGUGGGAAAGCUUCCCUUGAAUUUAUAAUGUUUAAACUGGAACGUAAAUAAAAUUUGAAUUUAAAGUUUACCUUGCUGUAUUUAGUCCUGGAUUAAAUAUUAUUUAUCCCUUCACCUUGACCCAAUGUAGGCUCAAUAAUUGAGACAUUUAGAUCGUGCAUAUUGAUAAGGGUAUGAAUACCAUGAAGCCACAGCAAUUCAACCUCUUACUGCCUAUGUAAGUGAGUCUUAUUGGUGUUUCUUAAUUGCACCAUUUAACCUCUGGGCCAUUGACUGUAAAGUUCUUAGAAUCUGAACUUUUUAGUCACCAAGACAUGGGUUUUGAAGGUCAGAAGAUAUGGAUGAUGCCAUGUCAUACCACGAACAAUGGAAGAUGUGUGGUUUGUAGACCAAAAUUGUGCUGACUUGACAGUUUGGCAUCCUAGAUGUUUUGCUCAACAUUCUACAUGUUUUUUUUAAAGUUGCAUUUAACAGUGUCUGCAAAGCACUUUCAGGUAAUGGAAUUCUUUUUGAGGUUUUGGGAUAUGUAGGAAACAUGACGGAAAAUGUGCAUGUUAUGAGCUGUCACAAACAACAAUGAGAUAAUGAGAUGUGUUUUAUUAUGUUGAAGUAAAAGUAUUUUAGGAAUGGCACCAGUGAUAACUGUCUUUUUGAAAAUGGCACCAUGGAGGCUCUGUCAUUUGGAGGUUAUGCCUGAUCUGAUGAUCAUCAAUAAAAACUGGAAGAACUGUG